CGUGGGGCGCCGACCGGGCCAUCCAGCAGUUCGGAAGAACUCACAGGUCCAACCAGGUCACGGCUCCGGAGUACGUCUUCCUCAUCUCCGAGCUGGCCGGCGAGCAGAGAUUUGCCUCGAUCGUGGCCAAAAGAUUAGAAAGUCUUGGGGCGCUCACCCACGGCGACAGAAGAGCCACGGAGACGCGAGAUCUCAGCAGGUUUAACUUUGACAACAAAUACGGCCGCAACGCUCUGGAAAUCGUGAUGAAGUCGAUAGUGAAGCUCGACACGCCGCUCGUGUCGCCGCCCUCCGACUUUCAAGGAGAUUUCUUCAAAGACGUUCAAAGGGGCUUGAUAGGUGUGGGCCUCAUCAAUGUGGAGGACCGAUACAACGCAUUGUCCCUGGACAAAGACUAUAACAACAUUGGGAAGUUCCUGAACCGUAUCCUGGGCAUGGAGGUGCAUCAGCAGAACGCCUUGUUUCAGUACUUCUCCGACACGCUGGCGGCCGUCAUCCAGGAAGCCAAGCGGAACGGCAGAUUCGACAUGGGCAUUCUCGAUCUCGGUUCCGGUGAUGAGAAGGUGAAGAAGGUGGACUGCAAAAAGUUCCUGACCCCGGGCUACACAGCGUCAGGCCAUGUUGAACUCUUCACGGUGGGCGUGGAACGGGGGAUGUCCUGGGAGGAAGCGACGCAUGCCUGGGCUGAACAGAACGGACCCGAUGAUGGUUUCUAUGUGCAGUCGCGGAACAACAAGAAGACGGCCAUCCUGGUGAAGGAGGUGAACGCAAAGAAGAGGCUCUUCCUGGUCUACCGGCCCAACACGGGCAGGCAGCUCAAGCUGGAGACGUACGCCGACAUCAAGAAGAAGUUUAAGAAGGUCUUGUCAGAAGACGCCAAGCAACACUGGAACGAGCAGCACACCUCAUCGGCCAAGAUUUGUUCGCACGCUUUCUGGCGGGGCAACUGUAAGAAGGCCUCGGUGGGGCUGCAGUGCGAGAUCGGCCUGCGCUGCCGCACGUACUACGUGCUGUGUGGCUCAGUGCUGAGCGUGUGGAACGAGCUGGAGGAGGUGCUCACGCCCGUCAGCGGCACCAACGUCAAGGUGCAGAUCGUCCGUCUGCGCACUGAGGACGGCCAGCGGAUAGUCGGAUUGAUCAUUCCGGCCAACUGCGUGUCGCCGCUAAUACACAAGCUGUCCACGUCGGACCAGUUCCAGCAGCUGGCUGUGCUGGAGCAGCACAAGAGGCAGCAGCUUCACCCCCAAAGUCUGAGCCACGCGCCCAACACAUAGUGGCGCCAAAGCAGACUGGUGUACAUACAAAAGAACUGUUUCAGGGUUGUUGUUGUUAUUUUGUUUUGUUUUUUUUAUUAUUAUUAUUCUCUUUUAAUUUGGAAGACUUGCCAUCACCCCUUCUUCCGACGGGGGUGAUGUUUUUCGUCCUCUGACAUUCAGAGUGGAAGAUGCACGAUGACCCACCCUCCCCCCUUCCCGGCAACACUUGAAACUGACCGCUACGUUACAAUCCAAUAAUAAACCCUUCAGACUUUCA